GUACAAGGUUUUCUGGGCGCUGCUGGGUCCGCGCUUGUGUGCUGCUGCUGCCGCUGCCUUUGCUGCCGCUGCAGACGCCCACGAUGGCGGUGAAAUGGCGGCGGCGCUGCCCGCCUCCUGGCGGGAGGGCAUCAUCACGCUCAUCUACAAGGGCAAAAGCCUGGACCGCGCCGAGCUGGCGUCCUACCGGCCCAUCACGCUGCUCAACUGCGACUUCAAGAUGGUGUCCAAGGCCGUCAGCGCCCGCCUGCAGCCCGCCCUGGAUGCAGUUGUGGAUGAGCUGCAGACCGCGUUCAUCACCGGCCGCUGGAUUGGAGACAACGCGCUGUACCUCCAAGGCCUGAUCGAAUGGAUGCGCCUGGACGUGGGCGCGGACGGCACGCCACGGCAGGGUGGUGCGCUGUACUUCUUGGACAUUGAAAAGGCGUAUGACCGGGUGCACCGGCAGUGGCUGUAUGCGUCCGCGGAGGGACUGGGGUUUGGGCCGCGCAUGCUGCGCUGGAUCCGCCUGCUCACUGCCAACGGCUCUGCCCGCGUGUGUGUGAAUGGGAUGCCCUCUGACGCCUUCCCAGUGCUGAACGGCUUGCCGCAGGGCAGCACUGCCUCACCACCCCUGUGGGUCAUCCAGAUGCAGCCACUGACGUCCUUUCUGCGGCGGCAGGUGGAGCAAGGGGCACUGCGCACGCCCCUGUUACCCAGUGGCGAGCAGGCGCCACCUGCUGCCCACCACGCUGACAACACGACCCUCACGGCGCGCGACCCGGCGGUGGACGGGCCGGUCCCAAUGGCGGCAGUACAGCUGUUCUGCCGCGCGUCCAACGCCCGUGUCCAUCCGGACAAGAGCAAGGCCAUGGGCCUUGGCAGGUUUGCGCACCUGACGGGCCCUUGCCCACACACGGGGGUGCCGUUUACCACUGGCGCCGUGACGCACCUGGGGGUGCCUCUGUCGUGGGACUCUGAUGCGGCUGCAGCUGAUCUGUUCACCCGGCGGGCUCGCGGCAUGGCGUUUGUGGCGCGUCUGUGGGCUGCCCUGUCUCUGACCCUGGUUGGCCGUGUGCACAUUGCGAAGCAGGUGCUGGCGGCGAAGCUGGCCUACCACUUCAGCUUCCUCAACCCGUCGCCUGCGCAGCUGAAGGAACUCACCGACCUGGUGGACCACUUUGCUGCGCGCUCCAUGCACGCUGAGGACGCCAGCCUGGUGUCGCACGGGAACCCGCUCCUGCUGCCAAAGCGGGAGACGGCAUGUCUGCCGUACAAGGAUGGGGGUGUCAACCACGUCGACCUGCCUGCGUUCCUGUCUGCCCUGCAAGCUAAGACUUUCGCCCUCCUUGCCCAGCCAGGCCGGCAACCCUGGAAGACGCUCACCCGGGCGCUGCUUACCCAUGUGCGCCCGGACUCCGCCACCACGUGGGCGUGGGUGUACAGCGACGCGCCGGCGCCAGCGGGGCUGCCUGCCCGGCUGGCGGCCGCGGUCGGCCACGUGCGGAGCGCGGGCGUGGAACAGCAUCCGCCGCAGCCAGCCACUCAGCCGCCAGCGGCGCCGCCACAGUGGCGGGUUAGCCUGGACCAGCUGUGGGUGGCUAACGCUGCGGGGGCUGUGUCCUACGUCCACUACACGGGGCGGCUCUUGGAGCCUGGGCCUGGCGUGCUGCCCCCGGCGGUGGAUGGGGCGUGGCAGCCUGCCUGUGUGCUGCAGCAUCGCAAGCCGCGGCACCUGUGGACCUUUGAAGAGCGGGCGGCAUACGAUGCAGCAUCACCAGGGGAACGGGCGGGGGCGUGGCCUCGGGCGCCGUACUUCCUGGCGCCGGAGGCUGGGGUGGUGGUGCACCCGGAGCACUGCCGGAUUGCGGGUGUCAGCUUGGCGGACUACACGGUGCGGGACGUGCGGCGGGCCAUCACCGCGGCCAACCCGGCCGCACCUCCGGCUCCGGCCCGCCCCGCAGCCAUGCCGUGCCCGGCGCCAGCACAGCAGGCGGGGGGUUCGGGGACCCAGCCGGCGGCACAGUCGCGGCUGGCGGAGAGGGAGGCGGAGUGGCAGCGUGCAGCGGCGCAGCUGACCACCACGGCGGCGCAGCACUUCCACAAUAACCCGGUGGCUCUGGACCCCUGGCUCCACCGCACCUCCGCGGCAGCCGGGCUGCAGAACACGCCGGCGAGAGAACUGCAGUCGUAUGCGUCCCCGUCCCAGCAGUCGGGUGAGGGGCCGCGGCGUUCCGCGCGGCUGCAGGAGCAGGCGGCGGGCGGGGCGGGGCCUAGCACGGGGCCUGCCACGGCGGCGGCGGCAGCAGCUGCGGCGGUGGAGGGCGACCCUCGCAUGCCGCCCCCGGAUGCGUCCCUUCUGAGGGGGCGGGCAAGGGCAUUCAUCCACGGGUGACCACGGGGUGCGGGGGGUUGGGGGCGCACUGUCCUCACCCCGCCUGCGGGCCACCUGGCCCGCGGGCGUGGGCCAGCCUAACGCACAUCUUCUUGGAGUGUCCAGCUUAUGACGUCGCUUACGCUAAUGUUGUUGUGCCAUCAUAUAGAAUGUUGCCAAUACUCUUGCCAAUAGAUGCUGGCUAAUUAGCCAGCUCGCACUCACAGACUGGCGCCGACUGGGCCAAGUCCGGAAGAUAGCGUGGCUGAGCCAUGCCCUAGCCUUCCUAGCAAUGAUCAAAAGCUAGGAAAAAUAGGAGCAGGCUCCGAAGCGGCAAACUGCCCAGGGAUUGCGGAGACACGACCGGUAGCGAGACUCCCCUGUAAAGGGGCCUCACA